CGAACGAGCUUCACUCGGGCUCGAGAGUUGGAUUCGUGCUAGCGUGUUUGGCUUCUUUGCGUUUAGACAGUUUCCUUUUUUUGCCCCGACUCUCAUUUUAACGUACCGUAAACAAAUCCGUACCCAUUUCUCGCACGGGCAACAGAUUGUCUGCCAGUUGUGUGACGAUUAAAUCGGGUCCAACAGUUGUGAUAAUCGGCCAUUUUUUUCCCAAAGGCAUCACUUGACUGUCUUGCCGAUGACGACGUUGUUUAUUUUCUUCUUCAAUGAUCCCUCGUUGCAAAGUCUCUGAAAAGUGAAACUUUUUGCAAAUAAAAAUUAUUACUCACUCUGUGCUCAUCACUCGUCAUUCAUCUUCUACAUUCAGUUUAGUGCCGCGUGGUUGUGCAUGUUCGACAGUUUCAAGAAAUGAACCGAUCGAUGCGUGCGAUGGCUGUGUCCAUCGCUGUUGUAGUAUUGCUAAUUGGAACCAAAUUAGUGAAUUGUGAUCAAUGGCCGUUCCCCGAAAGCGAGGAGUACACUCUGGCCCACAUCAACGUGUCUUACAUCGAUUCUGCCGCAGUCCACAACGACGCAGCGGAUAUGGGCAAAUUCGGCAACGGCAGAGUCGGCAGCACAGCGGGACUUAUCGUUCACGUUCGUUCGGCUAAUUCGAGCUCACAUUAUGGUUGUGACAUGAUCUACGAUAACGAGAUACCUGUAGUGCCGUGGAUCGCCUUGGUACGUCGUGGGCGUUGCAAUUUCGACGACAAAUUGGAAGCGGCUGUUUUAAACAAUGCGUCCGGUCUGGUCGUAUACAAUAACAAAGAGGACGGCCUCCAACGAAUGACUUUACGCAAUAAAUAUCGUGACAAAAUCGUGGCCGUGUUUAUCACGCGUGCCAAAGGUGAAGAAUUGGCAGCUUUGGUCGACAAUGGCACGCGUGUCAUGAUGCAAGUGACUGUCGGCGCUCAUUACACCUACCGUUUCACCAAUAUCAACAGGACAUCCGUCAUGUUCGUUUCCAUCUCGUUUAUCGUUCUGAUGAUGAUCUCCCUGGCAUGGCUCGUCUUUUACUACAUUCAGCGUUUCCGCUAUUUACACGCAAAGGACCGAUUGUCGCGCGAGUUGACGAGUGCUGCUCAGAAAGCCCUUUCCAAAAUCCCCACUAGGGCCAUCAAAAACACUGACAAGGAAGUUUCCGAAGCUGAAUGUUGUGCCGUUUGCAUCGAGCCCUACAAAGCCAACGAUGUUGUUCGAUUAUUGCCUUGCAGGCACGAAUUCCAUAAAAUAUGCGUCGAUCCAUGGCUAUUGGAGCACAGGACCUGCCCCAUGUGCAAAAUGGAUAUCUUGAAACACUAUGGCUAUGUGGUAAUUUCAAUAACCAUAUUUACCGGAAGUCAAGAAAGCGUCGUCAAUAUGGAUUUAGACGCGCCAAUAAUCUCAGGAUUACGUCCUGGUCAACGUAGAGGAAACGCUUCGCCGGUGGUCGUUCCUGCUGGCCAACAUUCCACUCAUCAACGGUCACCUAGCGUGACUCCCGACAUCCAGCUCACAUCAGAACGGCCUUCAGCCAGGAUUAGCCGAACAGACACGUUGGAACCGAUUCGUCGUGAAGCGAACGAUUCACCGUCCACACGUCGUUAUUGGUCUUGGCCACGAUCUUUCUCCAGUCGGAAUAACCCUCCUAUUUCAACAGAUCCAGACGUCGUUGAAGAUACUUCUGUUUCAGUACCAACAGCUGUCGAAACACAAGUGGAGAUUGUCUGCGAAUCUCCUGUUGCAGCAUCCGCUACGGCCAUCAGUACCGAUAGUCGUCCUAACGUCGUCUAGUAUUAUCCAUCGUGUAUUUUGGUUUUUCCAAGUCGUUUAUAUAGUCUUGCGCUGUGUAUAUAUGCCUCCUCCGACUCGAAUAUGUAACCAAUUGCAUCAACAAACGGCAAGCAGAUGCGCAAUCCGACCCACUUGGGCGCUGUUUCAGUCAUUUGUGCUGUGAAAAAUCGUCGUUUCGACCCGAAUUUUAACGAGAAAAGCAGUAGGGAAUCGAACUUGAUAUUUUGACUGUAUUUCGAGCGUGAUUAUUUUGUAAGCUGACGGAAAAGGAUGCAUGCUUCGCGAAUUGUGAUAUUCUCCAUUGUUAUCAAGUGUGGAGGAGAUUUUACGAAAUGUCUGGCCGACUCGUUUGGUUGGAAGGCGUCGAAAUUCGAUCUGUUCGAUUCAAAAUUUCCAUCUGAGCCAAUCGCCCAUUCAAAGAUUCGGCGAAUGUGUAAUCUUUUCGGGUGUAUUCGUUAAUUGUUCAUUCUCUCUUCUGUCUCUUUCAAUAUUCAUUGGGGUGAAGAUAAUAUUACAUUGGUCUGUACAUAAUUUCAAAUUUUAAUCAAUACAAUAUGGACAGUAUUCCACCAACA